AUGGAAAAGGAGACCAUCGAUGCACGGAGUGGACACGGCAAAGAUGAUCAAAAGAGACGCGAGAAUCGAACAGACUGCCAGACUCGAGCAGAAUCGGCAAGUUACGCCUACCAACCAACAUGCCCCGCCAACACACCAACAGGCUCCGCCCACACACCAACAGGCUCCGCCCACACACCAACAGGCCCCGCCCACACACCAACAGGCCCCGCCCCCGUAUCAGUUCGACCAACAGCAGCAAUUGCAGCAACGACAGCAACAACAGUAUCAACUAAGGAUGCAACAACUGCAGCAGCAGCAGUACCAGUUGCAGUUGGAGCAACAGCAACUGCGACAGCAACAACAACAACUUCAAGCCAACGGAGCAUCCGGGUACAACCGUACCAGGCCCAACUCUCGCCCCGGCAGGCAGCCGCAUGUCUCGGCCAAGUCGUCCCUCCGUCGCCGGCGAGACGAUAUCGGGCAAAAACGGCCAAGUCCCUGGGCAUCCUGCAGAUCGUCCUCGCCAUCGUGUCGUUGGUGCUCGGUAUCAUCACGGCUGCCAUUGGCGCAUGGGGAGCGGCCAUUGGCGUACCAAUCUGGGGUGGUAUCUGUUUUUACCUACCGGCCGGAAUACUAGGUGUUUUGUCCACAAAGCCAACGAACAUGCAGAAUUGUGUGAUAACCUCCUGCAUGACCAUGUCUAUCCUCUCGUCAUUAGCAGCAGGCACUAGCUUUAUUAUGUCGUGUAUCGCAGCUACCAGUGAGUACGAUUACUAUUCGUACUAUCCGGUCCUGAAUGUUGGUAACACGAUAAUGGACGCCAUACUUGCCUUUGUUGCGUUCACAGAGGUAUUGGUUGCAAUUACGCAGUCUGCCUUCUGUUGCAAAUACCGAUGCGCUUGCUGCAACAAGCCAAAUCAAGCGGUUCAGGUUACAACUCCAGUCCGUUACGCAUCUCCACACACCCACAACAUGCAGCCACCCAUGCCAUACCAGCAUCAGCAACGGCAGCAGCAGCAGUUUACGAUGCUACAGCAACGGCAGGUACCCGCAUACCGUGCCCAGGGCAUUGUGCCACUGCAGAGCGCACCCGGGGACACACAGCCUGCACAUCCCAACAGUGUCAGCGAUUAUUUAAGGAGCCCAGAUGAAAGCCAUGCAAACGAGCCAGAGCUACCACCAGCCUACAGCGACUCACCGCCGCCUAGCUACAGCCUCAGCACGGGUUACAUGUAAAGGGAAGAGAAUAAAUAUUACCCUGUAUUGGGUAUAUUUUCCUGUAAUUGGGUAUAUUCUCAUACCCAAUUGGGGUAAUUACUCCCCAAUGAGAGUAGUUAAAGGGAAGGAAAGUUAUCGUGAAACGCAAAUAAUACCCAGAAUUUUGUGUAUUUUGUUUUGAUAUCCUAUAAGAAAGAUAUUGUAAUUGGGAAGUAUAUACACUACCCUAGAUCAGGGUACAUUUUUCUAUCCCGUUUAAGAUAAAAUGAGAGUUGAUUUGGGGAAGGAUACAUGACCCUAGAUCAGGGUAUAUUAUAACACUGAAUCUGGUGUAUUUUGUUUUGGUGUCCUACAGGAAAGAUUGGGAAGUAUACGGUACCCUAAAUCAGGGUACAUUUUUCUAUCCGUUUUAAGAUAUUAUUACUGGAGUUAAUUUGAAGGGGAACAU